CUUUUUAUUUGUAUUUUUGUGCUAUUCAGUGAUUGUAUUUAUUUUAUUGCUACAAGUUUAAACCUAUUUAUUCUGUCUAUUCUGUGCUUAAACUUUUAAAUCAAUCAUGAAUAAGGCAUAUAGACCGAGUGUUAAAUGUGCGGUAAACAAUUGUGGUAAUAAAUGUACCAAAAGCAAAAUGUUAGUUAUCUCGCUUUCCCUAAAAAUGAUCCAAUCAGAUGUGCAAAAUGGAUUGAAAAUUGUGGUCUAUCAAUUUCAGUUGAUGAUGUGGUUAAAAAACGUUAUAGCGUUUGUGGCAAGCAUUUUGAAACAUAUAUGUUUCUGAAUGAUUUAAAAAACAGACUUCAGCCUCAUUCCUCAUACCUGUAUUAUUUAAUGAUGAGACCCUGAGAUUGCUUUCAAGACAAAUAUAUUUUGAAAAAGAUUGUGUUUCGUCAAAUCAAGUAACUCUAUUUCAACCCAAACUGAAGCGUCGACUUCCUCCAUUAUUGAAGUAUUGGCAUCUCAAUUAGAUAACAAAUAUGAUUCUUCUGAUUAUGUUUUGUAGAUACUCCAUCAUCCACUUGUAUUCUGACUUCUGCAUUAUAUAAAAUUGAUUGUUUUGAUGAUGCAUAUUUGAACCAAUAUUGUGUUGCCAACUGUUGUUGUCGCAGCCGUAAAAGUUUUCCCGAACUAGCCUUAGCGCCUCCUGCUGAUACCUCCAAUCAGUAAGAUGUUCCACGACGGUUAUCGCAGACGACGUUCUGACUUUGGUCGGCAUCGUUAAAGAUAAUAAUAUUCAAUUGGGCAAGCAGAUUAUAUCGAAACGCGGAAACAAUAAUUAUUUGUACCUUCCGUUUCGGGAUGAAACUAUACAGUGCUGAGCAUUAUCUAGAUACAUUUUUCGUAUAUUUUAUCUCAUCUAGAUAACUUGAAUGAUUUAUCUAUUAUCUUAUCUAGAUAAU